AUGUUUGACACCGACGCCUCGAGUGCGCACGCGCACCGGCUCGCGAGCCCUGCUGGAUGGGGCGUGGGCGCGCGUGAAACCUCGGCUUUGGCUGCGCGCUGUUAUCCAGCAGGCUGUAAACAGGAACACGUCGUGACUCUAUCCCAGACUCUCCCUCAGACUCUAUCCCAGACUCUCCCUCAGACUAUCCCAGACUUUCCCUCAGAUUUUAUCCCAGACUCUCCCUCAGACUCUAUCCCAGACUCUCCCUCAGAUUUUAUCCCAGACUCUAUCCCAGAUUAUAUCCCAGACCUUCCCUCAGAUUUUAUCCCAGACUCUAUCCCAGAUUAUAUCCCAGACUUUCCCUCAGAUUUUAUCCCAGUCUCUAUCCCAGACUCUAUCCCAGACUUUCCCUCAGAAUUUAUCCCAGACUCUCCCUCAGACUCUAUCCCAGACUCUCCCUCAGACUCUAUCCCAGACUCUCCCUCAGAUUUUAUCCCAGACUCUAUCCCAGAUUAUAUCCCAGACUUUCCCUCAGAUUUUAUCCCAGACUCUAUCCCAGAUUAUAUCCCAGACUUUCCCUCAGAUUUUAUCCCAGUCUCUAUCCCAGACUCUAUCCCAGACUUUCACUCAGAUUUUAUCCCAGACUCUCCCUCAGAUUUUAUCCCAGACUCUCCCUCAGAUUUUAUCCCAGACUCUCCCUCAGAUUUUAUCCCAGACUCUAUCCCAGACUCUCCCUCAGACUCUAUCCCAGACUCUCCCUCAGACUCUAUCCCAGACUCUCCCUCAGAUUUUAUCCCAGACUCUAUCCCAGAUUAUAUCCCAGACUUUCCCUCAGAUUUUAUCCCAGACUCUAUCCCAGAUUAUAUCCCAGACUUUCCCUCAGAUUUUAUCCCAACUCUCCCUCAGACUCUAUCCCAGAAUCUCCCUCAGACUCUAUCCCAGAAUCUCCCUCAGACUCUAUCCCAGAAUCUCCCUCAGACUCUAUCCCAGACUCUCCCUCAGACUCUAUCCCAGACUUUCCCUCAGAUUAUAUCCCAGACUCUAUCCCAGACUUUCCCUCAGAUUUUAUCCCAGACUUUCCCUCAGAUUUUAUCCCAGACUCUAUCCCAGAUUAUAUCCCAGACUUUCCCUCAGAUUUUAUCCCAGACUCUAUCCCAGAUUAUAUCCCAGACUUUCCCUAAGAUUUUAUCCCAGUCUCUAUCCCAGACUCUAUCCCAGACUUUCCCUCAGAAUUUAUCCCAGACUCUCCCUCAGACUCUAUCCCAGACUCUCCCUCAGACUCUAUCCCAGACUCUCCCUCAGAUUUUAUCCCAGACUCUAUCCCAGAUUAUAUCCCAGACUUUCCCUCAGAUUUUAUCCCAGACUCUAUCCCAGACUUUCCCUCAGAUUUUAUCCCAGUCUCUAUCUCAGACUCUAUCCCAGACUUUCCCUCAGAUUUUAUCCCAGACUCUCCCUCAGACUCUAUCCCAGACUCUCCCUCAGAUUUUAUCCCAGACUCUCCCUCAGAUUUUAUCCCAGACUGUAUUCCAGACUCUCCCUCAGACUCUAUCCCAGAAUCUCCCUCAGACUCUAUCCCAGAAUCUCCCUCAGACUCUAUCCCAGACUCUCCCUCAGAUUUUAUCCCAGACUCUCCCUCAGAUUUUAUCCCAGACCCUAUUCCAGACUCUCCCUCAGACUCUAUCCCAGAAUCUCCCUCAGACUCUAUUCCAGACUCUCCCUCAGACUCUAUCCCAGACUCUAUCCCAGACUCUAUUCCAGACUCUAUCCCAGACUCUAUCCCAGACUCUAUCUCAGACUCUAUUACAGGCUCUCCCUCAGACUCUAUCAUAGACUCUAUUCCAGACUCUAUCCCAGAUGCUCUCUCUGACUCUAUCUCAGACUCUAUCCCAGAUGCUUCAUCAGACUCUCCCUCAGACUCUAUCCCAGACUCUCCCUUAGACUCUAUCCAGGACUCUCCCUCAGACUCUAUCCCAGACUCUUCCUUAGACUCUAUCUCAGACUCUAUAGCCUCUAUAGAAUCUAAGAGAAGUUUGUGCACACCUCACCUUCACACCCAUAUGUUUUCUUCAAAACUAUUCCCAUAAAGGUGGAAGCACCAGUCGUAUAGGAUUGUCUUUGUAUGCCGUUCAAUUUCCCUUCACUGCAAUUACACCGGUUCCAUGGAUCUCACUAAUGCUCAUGUAGCUGAAUGAACACAAAGCCACACUCCAACAUCUAGUGGAAAAUCUUCUCAGAAGUGUGGAGCUCAUUUUAACAGCAAAGAAGAAAUAAAUCUUAAGUGGAUUGUUCAGCAAGCAUAUAAGUACGUGAUAGUCAAGUGUAUACAGUAAAAAACUCUGGAACCUUAUCUCAGGAUCGAACCCAAAACCCUGGAGAUGUUAUGACAUGAAACGGACUAAAAUGAUAACAGUUUUAUUUCGUAAUGAAAUGCUGAUUAUUACCCACAAUUCCCUUCGACUACCUGCUGAUAGUGAUGCAAAGGGAUUUAUCUCUCGCCGACUCUCUCCUCUCCAUCUGUACACUGUGCUUAAACAGAUUAAAUAUUAAAAUCUUAAACUUUCACCCUGUUAUCUCUGUCUAAGUCCUCGUCAAUGUCUCAUCGCGUCCUACGUAGCCGAGCCGGGUGGGUUGCACCAACAUCACCACUAGAUACACUAUAUUUAUAUUUCUUAUAAUCAUGACAUUAAAUACAAAGUUGAUUUUUGUUUUAGUAGUGAAUAAUGAAACCCAGAAUACCGUCCCUUAUGUACGAGUUACCUUUUAAAUGCCAUUGCAAUUUCUCUAGCGAUAACAAGGACCCCCAGUGACGCCAGCGGUGCAGACAACCACAUACCUCUCACAGUACUAACGAUGAUACAGCACAAUAAAUAAACACAAGGUUCACUAAACAUGUCACAAACUCUGCGGUAUAAACACUUCAGUAUAAUGUGAUUCAGGGUGAUGUUUUUCUCCAAGCCUGUGUGAACAUCAGACCUUUCCAAGACAAUGUUUGAAGAGUAAUUGAUUUAAGAUCGAAUUCGAGUCAAAGUGGCGACGCUCAUUUCUUUCUUGUGCCACCAUGUGGUGUGUUACAAAGACUUCCAUCUGUUGGUUAAUGGGUUAUGCAAUGUCUGUCUAGCAUGCCAGGGCCAGGAAAAAAGGAUUAAAGUUCUUUUCUCUAAUUUCUCAGUCUUUUCUCGGGCUACUGGACCGAGAAACAGUAUACCAAGCAAACACCUUUUUAAGUAGUUACAGUAAAAAAAAAAAAAAACACACACAAAAAAGUUGUUAGUCAGCCUGUUUGCCUGAGUCACUUGAAUGAAUCUAUUUAAUUUAAGUAAAUUUUAUUUGUAUCAAUCUAUACUGAGGACUUGUACCGAAGAGGUUCAUUGUAUUGAUUUAACAGUUAACUUGUGUUAUUGUCUUCGAAUCACAGGCAGGUAUAAUGCUAGAAAUGGUAUAUCUCAGAAUUUCCUCAGAAAACAAAAAAGACGUUACACAGCGAUGCAAAGUCAAUACAUACACACAAUAAGUUGUACAACCAGAGCCAAUCCUGACCUCCCUGGGGCAAAAUUUUGCUAAGGGGCCCUCCUACCUGACCCGUGAGCCAUGU